AUGACAAGACUAGGGCACAUGAACCUUGUUCAACUCCGUGGGUACUGCAGGAGGAAAGGAGAGCUCAUUGGGCAUAUGCCCAAUGGGAACCUCUCUGAGUACUUGCUCAAAGGUGAUGGUCUUAGUUGGUUACAACGACUUCAUAUAAUAAAAGGAGUUGCUUCUGCUCUGUGUUAUCUACAUGAAGGCUGGGGACAAGUUGUGCUGCACAGAGAUAUAAAAGCAAGUAACGUUCUUUUAGAUGCCAAUCUGAAUGCAAAGCUAGGAGAUUUUGGGCUUGCUAGAUUCCACGAUCGUGGCAUGGCUCUUGAAACCAGACGUGUGAUAGGAACCACUGGUUACAUGGCUCCAGAGCUAAUGAUAAUGGGAGUGGCCACUACUUGGACUGAUGUCUAUGCAUUUGGAGCUUUAAUGCUUGAGGUGAUUUGUGGGAGGAAGCCAGUCGACCCAAACAGACCCAAACACCUGAAAUAUAUAUUACCUAUUUGGUGUUUCUGUUCGAUGAUAUUGUCUGAUUUAUAUUUUGUGUUUCAAAUGUUGUUAAGAGACUACUGA